AUGAACACCACAAACGGCGAAAUGGUCGGAAACGCUGGCAAUGCAAUCGCCGACCUCGUAGACCGAGCAAAGGUGCUACUGGCUGAAUUGCAGAUUUUCCGGGAUCGUCUACGCCACCUUCGACAAGAAGGUAAUGUCGAGCUUGGCCAUUUUCGAGGGACUAUACAGUCGGAAUUGAAGAUGUUAGAACGUCUACUUGACAAGCCGCAUGACGUGGCUACGAUCCAUGUGGCGAGAUCCUCGAAUCUACCGUUCCUCGAAACAUUAUGGAGCACGGUCAAGAAGUCUAGGAGAGUGACCUCGCUACAGAAACGAGUGUAUACCACUCCAGGCGUCAAGCAGGCAUCUCGAAGCAUUCCAAAGGCGAAUCCCAGUGGGACUCCUACAAGAGGAAGGGGCCUCAAGGACAGUGCUGUAGUCGUCGAUGCCAUCACAGAUUCUGGCAGAACAUGGACGAAAGUGUCGUUAAUCACGAACUCACGAUUACUUUUCGAUCUCGCGAAACAAGGUUGGGACUCAGGAGGCUCAGACUUUGAUGAGGACGAGGACAACGAACAGCUUGGCUCGGGGUUAGACGAUCAAGACCGAGAUGUGCCGUUGGUCAAGACCGCUAAAGAGCUUUGCCAAGCUGCGAAAAGUUUUCGUGUUCGAACGAAGCAUCCCGUCGUUCAUAUAGUCCUCCCACGAGUGAAGUAUGGCGAGACACCCGAGGUUGACACAAUGCUUGAUGCCUGCAAAGCUGCGGGUGCAACAUUGUAUUGCGGAAUCGACUUGACUAGUCCGCCGGAAAUCAACAUAGCCAUACAAACCAUGGCCCCCGACCCGCUGACGUCUUUCUCUGACGUUUUGAACAUUGAUUGCACCAUCCUGUUAGCGCUAGUCUCGGAGUUCUCACACGCAAAGGUCUCGAAGCAACCAUGGUUCCACACUGCUCUGCGACGCCAGGUUGAGAUCGAGGACAACGAGAAAUUGUUGCCGUCUCUACUCUAUCCUGCCAUGGGAAGGCACAGAUUAGUCUGCACUGAGGAAGCAGCAAGUCGUAUGCGGGAGAUUGUCGACACAAUCGGUACAACGUCGGAGAAAGCUCGAACAACCAUCAUGCUGGGCGACGACAAAACACUCUCUCGCGCAGCGUUGAUCGAAGAGAUGCAGGCCUGGUCUGCUUACGAAGUUCCGGCGGAGUGGCAGUUACCUAUAGAAGUGGUUCAGCAGGAUAAGAAUGGCUGUCUUAGUGCCCUGCCAAAGCAGGCCCACGAUGUGGCCAAAGGCAUGACUUCUAUCAACACAUCUGUGUUCCUGUACGGGUGGGCGAAGCAGCGAACCACUAUCACUAGCAAUCGUACGGUCGUUAAACAGAUAGAGACAGAUCUAGAAGCCUUUGAGGACCUAGAAGACGAGGCUUGGCCGAAGUUAUGGCUGUGUCCAACUGCUCGAUCUUUGGUCGGCAAAGAGAAAAGAAGUGCAAAGAAGGCUGAAAGUAGGGAUGGCGGUGCCUGGCCGUUGCCCGAUCCUCUUCGUCGAGAACAGCAGAGACGGAACGGGUUGGAUGUGCUUGAGCUAAGGGAAGGUCAUGAGGUCGAGGACCGACGACCAAAUGGAUAUCCUUGUGAAGAUGUGCUAGCGGCUAAAGCUGCGACGUUGCGAUGA